AUGCCUGCUGAAAAAUUAGAGUGGUCUAGCAUUGGUGGUGUUGAACAUCCUGUUUUAGGUCCUGCCUGGACCUCUAACGGACAUGUAUUUACCAGUGGUAUCGUUGGUCAGAAUUACGCAACUGGCGAAAUACCAGAGAGUAUCGAGGAGCAAACUGAAUUGGCAAUUGCUAACGUUAAGAACGUUUUAGAAAAGUCAGGCUCUUCUCUUCCAAAAGUUUUCAAAGUUAUGAUGUUUAUUGCUCAUGCUGACUACUCUCAAACUGUUAAUAAGAUAUACGGUGGUCAUUUCCCACAAAAACCAGCCAGAAGCUGUGUUAUUGCUGCUUUCAUGGAUGCCAGAAUCAAAGUCGAACUCGAAGUCAUUGCCACUAAAGACUAA